GGUUGCCAUAGCUCCCGGCAUUCGCUUGACAAGAUGGCGGCGGUCGGGCGGCAGCUGUAGCGUAUUUGGGUCUGAGUUCUUCCAGGCUUCUCAGCCGGGCACGGUUCUUCUGUGCCAGGCCCGCGAGGCCCAAGGGAUGGGCUUCCAGCCUCCGGCCGCUCUUUGGGGGCUUCUCCUUCUGCAGGGCUUCAUGAAGCCGCUGUGGGGGGACCUGGCUUUCAUCCCUCCUUUCAUCCGAAUGUCCGGGCCUGUGGUCAGGGCCUCCCUGGUCGGAGAUACCGAGGGUGUGACCGUGUCCCUGGCCGUGCUGCAGGACGAGGCGGGAAUAUUGCCAGUUCCGACUUGUGGAGUGCUGAGCAAUGAAACGGAAGACUGGAGUGUGACUGUGACCCCCGGUGGGAAGGUGUUGGAAGUUACAGUAAGGUGGAAGAGAGGUCUGGACUGGUGUUUCUCCAAUGAGACAGAUUCCUUCUCCGAGUCCCCCUGUAUCCUGCAGACCCUUCUGGUUUCAGCAUCUCGUCAUUCAACCUGUUUAGCACAUGUGCUCAUUCAGGUGGAAAUUUAUGCCAACUCUUCUCUGACCCAUAAUGCCUCAGAGAACGUGACUAUCAUUCCUAACCAGGUGUAUCAGCCCCUUGGUCCUUGUCCUUGUAAUUUAACAGCUGGGGCCUGUGAUAUUUGCUGCUGCUGUGACCAGGAAUGCUCAUCCAACUUAACAGAGCUGUUCAGAUGGUCCUGCUUCACCGGCGUGUUUGGAGGAGACGUCAAUCCUCCUUUUGAUCAGCUCUGCUCCGCUGAGGCGACACGCGCUGUCCCCGACUGGUUUCCCUUUCUGUGCGUGCAGUCGCCCCUGGCCAACACGCCCUUCCUUGGGUACUUCUAUCACGGUGCCGUCUCCCCCAAACAGGACUCUUCCUUUGAUGUGUAUGUGCACACUGAUCCAAAAGACUUUGCAGACUUCGGUUACAAACAAGGAGAUCCAAUUAUGACCGUAAAGAAGGCAUAUUUCACUAUCCCGCAGGUGUCCCUGGCUGGGCAGUGUAUGCAGGACGCUCCAGUGGCAUUUCUUCACAAUUUUGAUGUUAAAUGCGUUACUAAUUUGGAAGCAUACCAAGAACGAGAUGGUAUUAUCAAUGCGAAGAUCAAGAAUGUUGCCUUGGGAGGCACAGUUACACCAAAAGUCACCUAUGAGGAAGCAACUGACCUAGACAAAUUCAUCACCAGGACAGAAGCUCCUUUAAAUAAUGGAUCAUCCCUCAGAAUCGUGAAUGUGGAAGAACAUUAUAUUUUCAAAUGGAAUAAUAAUACAAUCAGUGAAAUAAAUGUCAAAAUUGUUAGGGCAGAGAUUAAUGCCCACCAGAAAGGGAUAUUGACGCAGAGAUUUCUAGUAAAAUUUUUAAGCUAUAAUAGUGGUAAUGAGGAGGAAUUAUCUGGAAAUCCAGGUUACCAACUUGACAAGCCUGUCCGAGCUCUAAAUACCAACAGGACGAAUAAUGUCACGACUUUACAUCUUUGGCAGUCAGCUGGAAGGGGUUUGUGUACAUCAGCAAAUUUCAAACCCAUUUUAUUUGGAGAAAAUGCACUCUCUGGAUGCCUGUUAGAAGUUGGGAUUAAUGAAAAUUGUACACAGCUCAGGGUGAAUGCUCUUGAAAGACUUGAUUCGUUAAUACAAGCGACUCAUGUUGCAAUGAGAGGAAACUCCGAUUACACUGAUCUUAGUGACGGCUGGCUUGAAAUAAUCCGUGUAGAUGCCCCUGAUCCGGGUGCGGACCUGCUGGCUGGCAGUGUGAAUGGCAUCUGCCUGGAUAUUCCUGCUCAGCUGAGCAUCCGCAUCCUCAUCUCGGAUGUUGGCGCAGUGGAAGGGAUUACUCAGCAGGAGAUACUUGGCGUAGAGACAAGGUUCUCCUCGGUGAACUGGCAGUACGAGUGUGGGCUUACCUGUGAGCACAAGGCCGACCUUCUCCCUAUCAGUGCAUCGGUCCAGUUUAUUAAAAUUCCUGCACAGUUACCCCGCCCCCUGACAAGAUUCCAGAUCAAUUAUACAGAGUAUGACUGCAACAGAAAUGAGGUGUGUUGGCCACAACUUCUAUAUCCAUGGACUCAGUAUUAUCAAGGGGAGCCGUAUUCUCAGUGUGUUGCCAAGGGCUUACUGUUGCUGUCAUUCCUCACAUUGGCCGUGUUCCUCAGCAACCCCUGGACCAGAAUAUGCAGAGCCUGUAGUUAGACAACCACCUGACUUUUUUUUUUUGAGUCUCACUCUGGUCACCCAGGCUGGAGUGCAGUGUCACAGUCUUGGCCCACUGCAACCCUCUGCCUCCCAAGCAAUCUUCCCACCUCAGCCUUGCACAGAUGCUCUACCACGCCUGGCUUUUUUAUUUUUUAUUUUUGUAUUUUUGGUAAAGAUGGGGUUUCGCCACGUUUCCCAGGCUGGUCUGUAACUCCUGAGCUCAAAUGACCUGCCCGCCUCCGCCUUCCAGAGUACUGGGAUCACAGACGUGAGCCACUGCUACUGGCCCAUCUGACUUCUUAACGACUCUAGACCUUGACUUCGCUGAUUUGCUGUAGUCUUGUAUGCUUCUCUAAAAAAUUUUAAUAAAUGAAAUGUCUUAUUUUUGUAGAACA